AUGAUGAGACCUAAGGAUCUGCGCCAGGGCUCUGGCACAAAGACCUUCCUGGAUGCCAUGCAUGGUGGCAAAGUGCACCUCGCACGCUUUGUCCUGGACGCGCUGGACAACCGCAUCAUCAACUCCAAGACAGAGAACGGCCGCACCCCUCUGAUGUUCGCCGUUUGCCUGCAGGACCCCAUGGCCAGGGCCAAGUUUACCCGUCUACUGCUGGAGAAAGAGGCUGACGUGAACUGCCAGGACGAUUACGGGCGCACGUCCUUGAGCCUGGCCUGUGAGCUGGGCCAACUGGACGUGGUCAAACUUCUGGUGCAGUUCAACGCAAACCCUGAUGUGUCUGACACCUGGGGGAACAGCGCACUGAUGUACGCAGCCUACACCGGCCACAGCCACGUGCUGGAGUUCCUGGUCAGGUCUUUCAAAAGAAUGGGCAUGAGGCUGGACCGUACCAACCACGCUGGCCACUCUGCCAUCCAGGUGGCCAACUUCUUUGGGCACGACCAGUGUGUCCAGGCCCUAAACUCUGGGAGGAGGGGGGUGAUGUCAGAUGACCAACUAGGGGAGGUCGGGAUCGGGAAAGAGGCAGGGACCGAGCGGAGGCAACCAAACAAGCUCCCCAGGCAGGUUCUGGAGAGGUUCUCUAAACCGUUCCACAGCACGGAUGAAGCCCAGCUUCCUAAGGUGUUCCAGAGACAGCUGAGGGUCGGGGACAGCCACGAGCUGUGGGCGCGCAUCAAAUGCCAGAAUAAGUCCCUUGAGAGAAAAGGCAAUUGCCUAGAGAGGGGCCAGUCAGAAGAAGAACAGGAUGACAUAUUCCCAGCCAAACAGAUACAGUCACAGAACUGUAAGAUAAGGCACAUAAGGGGGGGUAAAACAAUGAGCCAUUGCCCAGAGCCAAGCCAGAAAGAUGUCAGCAGAAAUGGACGAAUGAAACAGGAGGAGCCAGAUAGUAUUUCAGUCUGGGGCAAAGCAAAGUCAUUUAACCUGGACCUGCUGAGCAGCAGAAAGCAGUCCUAUCAUGGGGAUGUGCGUGACAUGAGUCUAUCAGCCAGGAAAUUAAAGAGAGCCUCACUGCAGGAUGAAAGAUCCCUGAUAGUCAAGACUGAAUGUCAAGAGAGCAACUGUGAGAUGACAAACGAUGCUGACAAAACUGUCACUGCGCAAAAAGAACUUUUAAACGGCAAAGGUCAAUCUCCGAGAGCGCCUGAGGAUUCCACCAGGGCGCCAAAAGAUGAAAAUAAUGACAUCGCUCAAUCAAGCAGGAGAGGGAGUCAGAAGUGCGGCGGCCUCCCUCCGAACGGUCGACUCAACAAACUCCUCUUUUACAGAGAAGAGAUGGAGCCAGAGAAGAUUCCUGUCCGUCCACCGGGGUUCACCGGGUUGGGAACCAGAUUACUUCGGAGAUUCACCGCCCCUGAGUUCAUGAGACUGGUAAUUAACUCUUCCUCCGAUUCCUCACAGGGCAGAGGGAGGAUGUCCCGGUCUGAGACUUUCCCCUUUUCUCACACUCACCAGAGAGUUAACAGUCAGCCAAGCGUGGACAGCAUUAGCGGGGUGAAGUGUGAAUUUGAGAGCAGUUCCUGCGGUGUCUCCUUCGAGUAAAAUGGA